AUGGCCGUCGUGAUGGACUUCAAGCCCGGCCUUGUGUCAGGCUGCAAGCUGAGCGUAGAGGAGUAUGAAGAGCGGCGCCAGGCCUGUACCACCGCCGUGCUGGCCAGCCUGCAAGGCAGCGCUGAGUACAAAGCCUGGCAGCGCAGCAGGGCGGAGCAGCGGCGGACGGCGGCGGCCGGCAUGCCGCUGACCUCCGCUCUGGUGCUGGUGCUGCUGAUGGUGGUUGGCAGUGUGGGUGUGUGGCGCGCCACGCGCCCCGAGCCAGCAGCCGUGCAGACCGCCGGAGGCCAGGGCGUCGGCUCGCUGCCAGGGCAGGAGGCGUACGGGGCUGGCGCUGCCGCGGAGCUGCGGCAGCAGGAGAGCUUUGAUCUGACGGAGGCACAGCUGGGUGAGGCCGCCGACCAGGAGGCGUGGUGGAGCGGGCCUGAAGGGGUCGGCAUCGAGGCAGGCGAGGUGGCGGGCGAGGCGCAGACGGCGGCCACUGCGGCCGACUACGGCGGCGAGCUGGCGCCAGAGGUGGCUGAGCUGGCGGCGCUGCUGCAGGCGGCGCAGCAGGAGGCGUACCAGGCGCGCCUGCAGAUGGGGCAGUACGAGGCGCAGGUGGGGCUGCUGCAGCAGGAGCUGGAGGCGGCGCUCAGGGCGCGGCGUGAGGCGGAGGAGACGGCCGCCGCGGCCACGCAGGCUGCGGCCGCAGCGGCCGACUUUGAGGCCGCUCUGUCGGAGGAGCUGCAGGCCGCCCACGCCGCCAGCCAGGAGGCGGCGACGGCAGCAGCCGAGGCGGCGGCGGCGGCGGCGGCGCGUGAGGCGGCGCUGCAGGCGCAGGCCGAGGCGGCGGUGGCUGCCAGGCACGAGGCAGAGGAGCAGGCGGAGGCUGCCAUGGCGGCAGCCCAGGCCGCCAAGGGGCAGGCUGAGAAGGCUGCACAGGGUGCGACGGCGGCGCAGGCAACGGCGGCGCGCCAGGCGGGCACCCAGAGCGAGGAGCUUGCAGCCGCCCAGGCUGGCUGGCAGAAGGCAGAGGCGGCCCUGAAGGCUGACAUCAAGGAGCUGCAGCAGCAGCUGCAGCUGGCAGAGGCGCAGGCGGGCGCUGCGGCGGCGCUGGCAGCCGAGCAGGAUGCGGCUCUGAAGGCCGAGGUGCGUGAGCUGCAGCAGCAGCUGCAGCUGGCGGAAGCGCAGGCGGGCGCGGCGGCGGCGCUGGCAGCCGAGCAGGAUGCGGCCCUGCGUGCGGAGCUGCAGGCCGCCUGGGAGGGCGAGCAGCGUGCGCAGCAGGCGGCGGCAGAUGCCGCCAGGGACGCCGCCACCGCGACGCGCAGGGCGGCCGAGGCCCGGGUUGCCGCCGCCGCCGCCUCUACUGCCGAACCCUCGCUGGCAGCCGGCCGCGGCGGCGAGCUGCAGACCUGCUCCGCCGAGCAGCUGUGGCUGGAGCAGCCACGCCUGGUGGCGGCUGCGGCCGGCGCCACCGCCGCCACCUUGCUGGCCUGCGUUGCGUUCACGGCGUGGGUGGUGUGGCGGCGGGCGGCGGCUGCGGCGGCCACCGCCCCCGGCUUUGGCUCCAAGCAGAUUGCUCGGCUGCAGCGGCAGCUGGAGCAGGCGCAAGAUGCCAACGAGGCUCGGGUGGCCGAGUUCAAGAGAGCCGCUCCGGCGGCGGAGGCAGCGCGGCGGGAGGUGCAGGAGAAGCAGCAGUGGGAGGCGGCGGCCGCGCAGCUGGCACAGGCCACCGCCGAGCUGCCCGGCAAGCAGGGCGGCGCGUCCCCCGCGGCGCGCGCGCCCCUGGCCGCACGCUGCAGCAACCAGCAGCCCGCGGCGGCGGCGGCGGCGGCGGCGGCAGGCGGCGCUGCAGCCGCGCUGGGCAUGGUCGCGCCCGCGGUGCUGCCGGCCGGCAAGGCCGACACGCCGGCGGCCUGGCUGGAUCUGCUGCAGCAGCGCUUUGCGGCGCUGAGCUCGGCGGCCGCCAGGGCUGAGGCGGCGGCGGCCGAGGCGGGCGCUGCCGAGGAGGCGGCCCGCAAGGAGCAGGCCUGGGGGCAGGACAAGGUGUCUGAGAUGUUGACUGAGAACGAGCUCCUCAAGGAGAGGCUGGCAGAUGCCAAGCAGGCCUUUGCCGGCGCGUCGGCGGGGGAGGGCGCGGCGCGGGCGGCGGCCGCGGGCCUGCAGUCGGAGCUGGACGGCGCGCGGCAGGCGCUGGUGGCCGCCGAGGCGGGCGCCCUGCAGCAGCGGCAGCGGCUGGGGGCGGAGCUGGAGGCGGUGCGGGGCGAGCGGGAUGAGCUGCAGCGCCAGGUGGACGAGCUGCGCGCUGAGCUGGCGGCCAAGGAGGCUGAGCUGGCGGAGCUGGGCGAGUGCCUGGGCGGGCUGGAGCGGGAGAACAGCAACGUGGAGGCGCAGGUGGACCAGGUGACGCAGGCUCUGAUCGAGACGCGGGCCCACAAGGCGCAGCUGGAGCGGCGGGAUGUGUCCAGCCUGGGCAUGCUGGCGCAGAGGCUGGAGGGCGACAAGGCGGUGCUGGAGGAGCAGCUGGAGGAGGCGCGGGAGGCGCAGGCCGAGCUGUGCCUGGCCAGCCAGCAGUACAUCGCCGCCGACUCGGCCAUCAAGAGUAUCCAGGCGUCGGAGGAUACCGAGAUCCAGAGCGGGAUGCAGCAGGACGACCUGCUGCGUCGUGCUGUGGAGGAGAAGGUGCUGGCGUUGGACCUGCUGGCCUCAGCCGAGCGCAAGCUGGUGGAGCAGCAGGCGGAGUCGGACGGCUCCGUGCCCGCCCUGCCCGUGCACCAGCUGCUGCUGUCGGGGCGCCGGCUGAGCGGCAUCGCAGGCAGCUCCAGCGCCACGCCUCGCUCCCGCAGCGCGCGCAUGGCGUCCUUCCUGGGAUCCAAGCUGGGCCGCGUGGCGCGCCUGCUGUCAGGCGACCUGGAUGGCGGCAGCGACCUGGCCUCCACCCCCAACAGCGCCUGCUCCGUGGCGGGGCCGGCCUCGGUGACGGGCGGCAUGGUGGGCCGCGCCGGCGCCGACCUGGGCCCUCCCAACAUCGCCGCCUGGCUGGACCGCACCCAGGGCCUGUUCAGCUCGGUGGAGGAGCUGCUGGGGCAGGAGCUGGAGGAGGCGGGGGAGGCUGUUGGCCGCGAGGCGCUCGCCGCCGGCGCCCUGUCCCUGCCCUCCUCGGCGCGGCAGCGGGAGCAGGCGGCGGCGCUGGAGGCGGCUCUGGACCACAGCAGCCUGGAGGUUCAGGACCUUCUGGCGGCCCUGGAUGCCACAGCAGGCGCCGCCUCGGCCGCGGCGGCCGCCGCCGAGGGCGACGCGCCCGCGGGCGGCGCCGCCGCCGCCGCCCAGCCCGACCGCGGCCAGGUGGAGGCGGCAGAGGAGGCGGUGCUGACGGUGCGGAGGCAGCUGGCGGAAGCGCACGAGGGGGUGCAGGCCGCGAGGCGGCGCAUGGGGGAGGCCGCGGGCGAGGCGGAGGCGCUCAAGCGGCAGCACGCCGCCGUCAGGGAGCAGGUGUCGGAGCGGCAGCGGGGUGUGGACGGCGCCCAGGAGCGCAUGGAGGCGGCCCUGCAGGCCAAGCAGGCAGCGGAGCGCGGCCUGGCACGCGUGGAGGGUGAGCUGGCGGCGGCGCAGGGCGAGGUGGAGGCGGCGUCUCGGCGCCGGGAUGCCGCGCAGGCGGAGGCGCGGCAGGGCGCGCAGGAGGAGUACGAGCGGUGCGCCCAGCGCCGCUCCGCCUGCCUGGCUGACAAGCAUGCGGCGCUGGAGGGCAAGCAGGGCGCCAUCGGCGCCGCCAAGUCGGCGGCAGAGGCGCUGGCGGCGGCGGAGGAGGAGGUGGAGGGCGCGGUGGACCGGCUGUGCCGCCUCGAGGAUGACAUCCACGCCGCGGUGCGCCGCCGCUCCGCCGCCCAGGACGACCUGCUGCGCCAGCAGGCGGCGCUGGCAGACGUGGUGGGCGCCGCCUCUGCCGCCCUGGAGCGCCACGCCGCCGCCGACGCCGCGCGCCGCCCCUCGCCGCUGACCGCGGAGCAGCUGGCCACGCUGGCCAGCCCCGAGAGCGCGCACAGCAGCCGCGGCAGCCAGCGCGGCGGCGGCGGCGCCGCCACCGCCGCCCCGGCCCGCAACCUGCUGGUGGCGGCGGUGGAGGCGGAGCGGGUGGCUGAGCUUCUGGAGGAUGGCUGGACGGGCUUCUCGCCGCGCGGCGCGCCCAGCGAGCUGGACAGCGGCGAGCGGGCUGCCUCCACCAAGGAGCACCGCGAGGGAGAGGCGGAGGAGGGGGUGGCUGAGAGCUGA